AUGGCUCCCAAGAAAACAGCCAAAGGCCGUCAAGAGGAGCGGGCGGCCGAGUCCGAACCUCUCCUCGCUGCCGACUCCAACGCCGCCGACACUUCAUACGGCUCGCAAACGGUGACUAGUGAUGCCUCCAGUGAUGCCUCCAGCGAUGCUCCUUCGUCACAAGCGCCUGCCAAGCCAAAGAGCAAACGACGAUGGCCAUCUCUGGUUGCCAUGGUGCUUCUCGGAGCUGUCGUCAUCACUGUCAUCGUCCUCGGUUUCAUCGUCCCGCCCGCCGUACAAACAUACAUCGAGAAGUCCGUCGUCCUAGAACCCACCAGCCUCGCGCUCGACUCUCUGAGCUUCACUGGCAUCAAGGCACGCGUUCAGGGCAACUUCCGCAUGGACGCCUCGCGCGUCGAGGAUGCUACGGCGCGCAGGAUUGGACGGAUUGCCAUGAGUAUUAUGAGAACUGUUGGCGCCGAACAGACACACAUCAAGCUUUACGUGCCAGGUUACGGCGACGCCAUGGUUGGCUCGGCCAUGGUGCCGCCCCUGAACCUGAACCUUGUGGAUGGUCAGAACACAUUCAUCGACGUCGUCGCCGACAUGAAGCUCGGCGACAACGCCAGCAUCAGGAAGAUUGUCAACGAUUGGCUCACUGGCAAGAUUAGCGAGCUGGAAGUCAGGUCUGCGACCGCCCUGCAACUCAAGUCAGGAAUUAUUCCACUUGGAACUCACGACAUCGUGGAAACCAUGGUCUUAGAAGCCAAAGAUGCUCCUUCAAUCCCCGAAUACAGCAUAGAGAACCUCAACUUUCACCAGGUUCCUCUGGGCCAUGGAAAUGGUCAAGGCAUUGGCGCAAAUGUUUCAGUCACCGUGCAAAAUGAGUACCCCGUGUCUUUGACUGUGCCCAGCGUUGGGUUCGAGGUGCUCAUCUCUGGAUGUACGCCCGACGAUUCCAAGAUUGCCGUUGGCACUGGCAUGUCCAGCAUCAUUGAAGUAAAGCCAAAAACUGAUAUUGUCGCCGAGGCUUCUGGUUUGAUCAGCAAGUUACCACAGAAGCUGACGCAGGCAUGUCCCGUUUCCGAACUGUCUCCACUCGAUGAAUUCAUCAAGCACUAUCUCGGGGGUGAAGAUGCUCAAAUCUUUGUACGGGGCAAGCAGCCCAGUGAUUCCGAACUUCCUGAGUGGCUGGGCGAGAUAUUGGAAAGUGUCACUGUCCCCGUUGACUUUCCCGGAAGCUCAUUUGAUAACCUGCUGCGCAACUUCUCUCUGACCAAUGUCGACUUUUCACUCCCGAGUCCGUUUGAGCCAGAGGGCAAGCCUCGCGUAUCUGGCACCGUUGUGGCCGUCGCAGCUUUACCCGAGGGCGUUAAUGUGGACCUGAAUGUUGAGAACAUCAAGUCGCAGGGCAAUUUGUUUUACAAGGACAAGAAGUUUGGCGAGCUCAAUCUGCGCAAGUGGCAAAAGGCCGCAUCUCAGAAGCUCGAUUCUGACACCAAAGAGACCUUGAUUGAAAUUACAUCUCAUGUCAAAAACGCGCCGAUCGACAUUACCGAUAAUGACGUCUUUUCUUCUCUCGCAAGCGAAUACCUUUUUGGCUCCGACGACAUCAUCGUCGAUGCCCGCGCCAAGCUGGAUGUCAAGGUCAACACCGUCCUCGGCCCCCUAGUCAUCAAAGAUAUCCCUGCCGAGGGCAAGGUUCCCGUCAAUGGGCUUCCUGGGGACCUGAUCAGCAACGUCAAGCCACACAUUGGAAAUAUCUGGAUCCGCAACACGACCUCGACUGCUGUUAGACUGGAAUGCGCGGUCAACUUUACAAACCCCACGCCGUACAAAGCAUUUGUGCCCUAUAUUAAUGUACAUAUUGUGUCUGGUGGCAACAUCUUAGGAGAUGUCACCCUUCAGGAUUUGUUAGUUGGCCAAGGCAAUGUCACCGACAUCACUGUCAGCGCGUCAUGGGAUCCAGCAGGCUUCGGCGGCGACGCAAGUCGUGCGGCUGGGCGCAAGCUCAUCUCCGACUACCUCUCUGGCAAGAAUACCAGCGUGACGAUUCGCUCCCAUCGCGGCACGUUGCCCAGCCUGCCCGACAUCGGCGAGGCUCUUUCCGGGAUCAACUUUACACUUCCCACACCUCGGCUCGAGCUUCCCGGCGAUGAAAACAAGCACGACAAUGCCUCCCUGCCCGGUUUCAUCCGCGAUGCCGUUUUUCACCUGCUCACCUCAUCUGCGAGCUUUGUCCUCGCCUCCCCGCUACGCCAAAACACGGUCCACAUUGAGCACAUCAACGCCACGGCCUUUUACAACCACACUGAGCCCAUUGCACGCAUUGAGCACGACCAGGCGUUUGACGUGCCGCCAGGCAUGUCUGAGACGCCCAGGCUCGGUGUGCAAUGGUCAAGCGACAGUGUGGGUUACGAUCGACUACGAGAGGCCCUCGGCGGCGAGAUGCGGCUGGAUGCGUUGGCGCAGGUCACCGUGCGACUGGGAAACUGGAUCGAGACGCUGCAGUAUGAAGGCCGUGGCAUUGGCGCCAAGGUGCGACUGUGA